CACACUCUCCCAUCAGAGACAGAGAUACGGUACGGGCUGCCUUGCCAAAACCCCCCUGGACUUUCGGAACCGAAAACGGGGAAGAUUAUAGAACUCCAGCGGACGUGAACGAAAAAAUAAGAAAUUCACUUGUUUUCAGUGUACAUGGCUGGCUCGAUCACAUCCACUUGUGUACCAUCGGCGAAGAGCGUGGAGUAUCAAAUACUAAAGAAAACUCCUCUGGUACAGAUCUACGGUCACCAUCCCAUAAGAAAUGUGUUAACAUCUCUCAUAUGCAGGUGGACCCCCUUCAGAUGCAUGUAGGAGAUAAAGGAAAAGUGGGCAGAGAGGAAGGUGGACCUAAGGAGAGCAAGAGUAUGGUGGGCAACCCAGUGUCUCAGCCUUUAACUCCAGAAUGUGCUCCUGAUAGAGCCCUUAGCUGCAAACGAGGUCCUACAGAAGAUCUGAAUAACUGUGUGUCUGUGAAAGGUAGUCAUUUAAAACACUAUCUAGAGGCUCCACUCACUUAUCCGUGUGGCGGCACCCCUCUAUUAGACCCGAUUCCAAGGAGUACUGUGGUGUCGGAGGAAGCAGAAACCUCUAAACACGCAGAGAAUGUUGAGGUCUUUCCAACACAGCAAAGACCAGGUGGAGAAAGGGACAGCCAGGAAGUCCCUCUGAACUCAAAUCUCGCACAUCCGGCCAAGAAGACCCACACGCAGACUCAGUCCACAAGCCUUUCGAGUUCUCGAUGUUCACAGUUUCAAACAGGCCAGCCCAUAGCUUUCCUUUUACAGCCUAAUCUCAGCUGUCAGUUGGGUAGUAUAACACUUCCCUCCAAUUUGGACCAGAUUACUGUUUUAAGAAAAGUUCCAGCUACCAAAUGCAGCACUGAGUGUCACCUAAAAGACUCUAGCCGUGAUAUGGCUGCAGAGUCUCAGCCCUGUCCUCAGCACCUCACUGUGGGUAGAGCCUUGGCACCUGAAACUCAACUCUCUUUUAAGGCAUUGAAACCCAUGUGUUGCUCUGCAUCCACCAAGAAGAAUGUCAUAGCUGGAAAAGAUGGCAAUUUGGCUGAAGAUGCUGAGUCCCGUCUCGAUGCUCCUGCCCCAUUAAAGCAGCCGGCACCAGGCUCCGCUUCUCUGGUACCUCUUUCACUUACUCCAUCCUCCGAAACGUGCUGCAGCUCAGCCGAAGCACAUUUGACUGCACAAAACAGGCUGCUGAAUGAGAAGGGCAAAUGUUCCUUGAAUCGCAGUGAUAAAAAUAUAUCAUCACCCUCCACAAGUUUGGAGUCCCCGCGUGGAACAGAGGAGCAAACGGAGGCAUGCCCAGGUGAAGUGAAGGACAUACCGCUUGAUCUGUCUUCAAAUUCAAAACACCAAAAAAACACUGUGCAGGUUCAGAAAAUAUUACAAGCGGGGGGUCAUCUGGAAUCUAAGCCAAAUGAUACCAUAUCUCCUAAGGAGGUUCUUCAGACACCGGCAAGCAGUUUCGUACCCAAUAUCCCUUAUGCAGUUCUGUCAGACACCAUGGCAAAUGGUGGACUUCCAAAGAAUUCUUUUACCCAGUUGAAUCAUCCAGUCUUGGAACCAUCUGUAGCUUGGGCCAAAAUUCAGAUACAAAAUACGAAAAGCCCAGUAAGCCUUCUGGGGACGUAUGUGGGCAUUGCUAAUCCAGUUUUAGCUUCCACCUUGCGUACUAAUGAUGGGAAAGGUAUUGCAUUUAUAGAAGACAUUCAGGACUUAGGCAGGCCAGAGAUAAUAUCUAUUAUCGACCAAGGAGAGCAGCCACUUUCAAGCAGGAAAAAAGCAUCAUCUCGUACCAGGGAUUCAAAGCAGAGACAUUACAAAUUUUCCAGUAACACUCAUGAAGCUGGAUUACAGCAGUGCCAAUCCAAGCAUGCUUCUUCGAAUGUUAUCCUGAGUACCGCCAGUCCACAGGUCGGUGUAAACGGUAAGCUCAGCGGCGGGAAACAAACUGUCUCGCGUUCUCCAAAAAGCAAGCAAUUACUUCCUGUCCGACGUCUGGGAGCAUCCAGUCAGAGCCCACUCAAGAAGGUGGAGGAGAAGGUGGGAAGGUCUAAGUCCUCUUCGCUCAAGCUUGAGACCAUAGUAGAACAAGGAUCCCUAGAAACAUCAAGCAAUAUAAACAAGGGCUGUGGUAAUCAGGCAGCUACAGAGCCAAGAAAGUCUGAAGGAACAGUUUUGACUGCUGGUCACCGUGACGACCCAAUUCAGCAUACAGCAAAGUGCACCUCUUUUACAAAUGAAAGAAAGAGAGAUGGAAGACAGGAUAACUGUCAACCAGGUAGGAUUCCUACAGGUCUGACCAGGAAUAUUGCAGAGUCUACAUACAACACCACAGAGAAACAUCAUCAAGAUGAAGAUCCAGAAACAAGAGACUCGUCUGUAAAGUCUAGACAGACCAUCCGCCUCCAGAUGUCCGGAGACCUUGGUCGUAUUGGCAGGGGGAAAAAAGAGUUAAUCCAGCUGUCAGGGGAAAGAGAGAAAAAUGGACAGCAACUUGUACAGGGUCUCUCUCCAGACUCAAAAGUAGAUGGCAUUGGCUUUUCCAUACUCAAUGGUCAGUGUUCAGGGAGAGAAAUAAGUAUAACGGGUGGUGUGAGCCAGACUUCUUCCUCAGAGAAAGUUGCAAUAAACAAGAAUAAAAAAUGUCGUAUGAGUAAGCAAGAUGAAGCACAAAAGGAGGCUUCAAAGAAGACCACGAUGGGCAUUGUAAAACACAAGAGGAAGAUCCCAAUAGUCAAGAGGAAGAAGCAGACAAAGAAACAGAAGAACCAAUUGGCACCUGCACUGGAGCCAAAGCUGCCAGAAUCCAAGGGGGGCAAGAGGCGUCAAGGGGGGAGGUGCAGUGUCACUGUGGCGGAAGCGCUGCUUCACCUUGAAGCAGGUAACGUGAGCAGCCUCCCUGUGCUUCGCGAGACUGCGGGGGACACCAAGCUGGAGCCCAGCAGUGUGAUUCCUGGGUGGCCCCCGGCUCCGAGGUCAAGCAGGGGACGCCGGAGAACAGCGAAGGUCGAGGCAGGUGGCCACAGCUUGACGUCCCGCUCUGCCACUCCCUCGCCCUCCUCGGCCCGCCGGCCGCGCGGGAGACCACGCUCCAGUGGCCUGUCCAACCAAGCGAAAUGUGAUGCUGAGACGGCCAUGCGCAGGAGCCAGCGAGACACGGAACCAAGGAAGAAACGAAAGAGAUGCAGGAACAGGAGGUACCGAAAUGAGGAGUACGUCAUGGAGAGAGUCAAAGUAGAACAAGUCACAAGCAAAAAGUCCGUGUCUACAAGGCGAGCUGCUCGUGGUACGACAGAUAUGAGGCCUGACGCUGCUUGUGACUGUUUAGACCCGAUGAGAGCGACACCACCCUGUCAGCCUGAUGGCCCCAGUGGCUGCCCUAAGAGACCACCGCUCACCCGCUCAGGGUCCUCCAGGUGCCAGGAUAUCUGCAGCCCCCCCAGGCUUGCUGACAAACCCUCUGGGAAAAGGAAGUUCAAAAGCAAGCACUUAGGCCGCAAAGAGGAGAGAAAAAAGGCAACUCCACUGCAGCUCAAGACUAAACGGGGAUGCCUGGGUAAGCGUCCCACACCUCCCAUUGUUUGCGGCAGCACGCCCCCUGCAAAGAGACCUUCCUCGGUGUCCCCCACCACCCCUAACUGGAGAGGGGGUGUUGAGAAGGCCAGGAUCUUGAAAUCCCCCCCCGGACGGGUCGUCCCUCCAGAGGUGCGACGGCUCAUCGUCAACAAGAACGCAGGGGAAACCUUGCUGCAGAGGGCGUCCCGACUGGGAUAUGAGGAGGUGGUGCUGUACUGCCUGCAGAAGGACCCGCAGGAGCUAAACAGGCGUGACAACGCGGGCUACAGUGCUCUCCACAAGGCCUGUGCACGAGGCUGGGCGCACAUCGUGCAGGUGCUGCUGGACCAUGGCGCUGAUGUGAACUGUGGGGCUCAGGACGGCACACGGCCAAUUCAUGAUGCGGUGGUCAACGAUAACCUGAGCGUAGUGUGGAUGCUGCUGAAUCAUGGAGCAGAUCCCACUUUGGCCACAUACUCGGGACAGACGGCACUUAAACUGGCUCAGAGCACCAACAUGCAGUCCUUCCUCAUGGAAUACUUCGCUGACCAGGAGGGGCGGCCCGAUCAGGACCCCCGCCUACACUGGGAUUUCUACAGCAGCAUUUUGUUUGAAACAGAAGAAAAGGCAUGCUGGAACUUCCUGCUCUCUGUGCCAGAGGGGGACGAGGGGGAGAGGGGUAACGGGGACAAGGCAGUGGAGGCCGAGGCGGGAGACUGUCUGCUGUUUGAGCUCUCAGAUGAGCCCCACAUACCCUGUUACCACAUCCAGGUGUCCCUGUUUCAGGGUUAUUGCAACUGGUUCCUGCUAACGGACGUCUUGAGACGCCUUAAGACCUCGGCGCGUCUUUUUCAAGCCCGUUACCCCCAUUUUCAAGUGGUGGGUGUCCCGUGCUCGGAACUGCAGAGGCAGGCAUCUGUCAGCCAGCUCACGCCGCUACCCGGGAACCUUCAGCCAGCCAAAAAACUGGACGACGGCCUGGUUCAGCUGGUAAAAUGCGUUCCUGACCUGCAGCGACUGCUUGGCUCCACAGUUCAUUGUCUCACAAGGGAAGCGUCAACAGACUCUGCCGGUCCUUGGAGCCGGUCGCCUCCCCCAAGCCUAUCGGCUCAACCCUCUCCCUAAAGAUUCCCUCCCGUAUCAGCUUCCUGUUGUGCCGAGUCCUGUUAAAACGAGAUCGGCUGGGUCCUGUUAAUGAAUUGAGGCCUGUCACAUCAAGACAAACACAACUAAAACCAGCAAUUAAUACUUCAUAUUGUCAGUGGGAGGGCGGGCAUCUUUGAAUGUGUCUCUCCUGGGCAAUGAACGCUGUUUAUGAAGAUAGACCUUUUGAAGAGGAGAACAUAAUCGCUAAUUGCUGUGGCGUGGCCUUUUAAUUAGUGGGCGGAGGUAAGCACUAUGGGGCAGGCAAUUCAGAACUCAACUUUCAGGUUUCACUAUUUAGCUAUUUUAUUGUCUGUUUAAUUUUAACCCCUUUGAUAUGCACAAAGGAAUAUAUAGAAUUCUUACCGUCAGGGUUAACACAAUAUGAUUGUUGUGUUCUGUUCUGUUACGGGUAUUUUUCUUUAGCUGUGAAACCAAGGUAACUGAUCUGUAGCUUCGAGGUUUGAUGCUGAUAACUAGUAGGAAAUCCUAUUUCUGCACCAACUGUGGGCCCAUCAGCUAUGAAAAUACCCAGUGAACGGAAAUAACAUGAUGUGUUCCUGCUCUGCUUUCCAGUGUCGGUGACCAUGAUUGAACGUCCAGCUCUAAUUGAUUUUCCAUUUUUUUGAUUUGUCUGUCCAGUUGGUCGCUAUGUAAUUUUAGUCAUGAUUUCUAAAGUAAAAUUAAAUGUGAUGUUUUUGAGUGGAAAUAACUAAUUGAGAAUUUCUCCCAUUUUUCUUUGGUAGUUAAUAACUUGUUCAGCAUUGAUUUUUUUUAUAAUAUGCUGCACAUCAGCCAAUGUGCUCAGAUUUAACAAAGAUGUUUGUUUAACUGCUGUUUAGUAACUGGUCCACGAUCAAUUUGCACUUUCCUGAUGUCAGGCAUUGUUGAAAUAUUUUUAUCUUCAAAACAUGCACUGAAAGAGGUUUCCGCCAAAUAUCCCUGCGUUGCUGGUGUCGCUGAUGAAUCAGUUUGCUCCGCAAUGGUCUCGCGAAAAGGGCGGCACUUUUGCUUAAAAUGAACAUGAACUAAGGCACUGUCCCUGAAGACUGUCCCUAAAGAUGAAAACGGGAUCUGGAGCCCACAGAAUAACCCAUCUCAUGUCCCAAAUUGCUCCCUAGGACCAGAGAUACUGUAGGACAUGAUGCUCCAUAGGUCAAAAGCUUCUGAGAUUAGAGCCUUGUCAUGAUGCUGAGUGUGGUCUCUGGCCUCCUGUUUCAUUUGCGUUCUUUUGUACAUUAGGCAUUACAGUUAAUAUAUUUGACUUUUUGCAUUUUUUGUGCAGUUGACAGUUCAUUUAAUUUAAGCUGUGUGGUUGGUGCUUUGUUUGAGGUAUUGUACAGUAAGUAUAAUUAUUUGUUCAUUAAUAGAAUUACUGGCUUGUUAUACCAUUCGGAUUUUAAUAAGGCAGCGUACAGUUUUAUUGUACUGGUGCUAUGUCUUUUUUGACAAUCAGUAACAGUCAUUGUGUCUGAAAUGAAACCAAUAAAACAUAAUUGAAAAUAAGGGAUAUAAAUGGAAGGAAAGGGAAUAUCUUUCCUUUCAUACAAUUAAUUUUGAUCAUUAUAUAAGGGCAUACUAAGUGACCUCUAAACAUUUUUGACAACACUUCACAAGAACAGAGCCCUUUCAGGAUGAAGGUAACCUUUUUAUGUCAUUUUUAUGGAAAAUAAGGGAAAAAAUAAAACUUUAUUAUCUCCAUUGUGCAAA